GACAGCUGCGCAAUGGGAGACCCCAUCAGUGUGUCACCUUUGACUCCAGGUAGAAAGAAAGUAAUCUAAGGAUUUUUGCAAGUCCGUGUUUCCAGGGUAGUCUGUAAAACUGAUGCCAAGUGGAGAAGUAAGGCUGCUGACGGGGCCAGGAAGGUCUGUUCACCAUCUCUGGGCUGUUGGCCAGAGAAGUACUCCUGCUCCUGCCUAUGACCGCAGCAGUCAACGAUUAACUGUGGUAUGGCAAGAUUAAAGGGUUUGACAGAUGAAAAAGUGAAGGCAUAUCUUUCUCUUCACCCCCAGGUAUUAGAUGAAUUUGUAUCUGAAAGUGUUAGUGCAGAGACUGUAGAAAAAUGGCUGAAGAGAAAAAACAACAAACUCGAAGAUGAAUCGGCUCCUAAGGAAGUCAGCAGGUACCGAGAUACGAAUAUGCAGGGAGUUGUCUAUGAAUUGAACAGCUAUAUAGAGCAGCGGUUGGACACAGGGGGAGACAACCAGCUACUCCUCUAUGAAUUGAGUAGCAUCAUUAAAAUAGCCACAAAAGCUGAUGGAUUUGCACUGUAUUUCCUUGGAGAGUGCAAUAAUAGUCUGUGUGUGUUCACACCUCCUGGAAUAAAGGAAGGAAAACCUCGACUCAUCCCUGCAGGCCCCAUCACUCAGGGCACUACUGUCUCUGCUUAUGUGGCCAAGUCCAGAAAAACAUUGCUAGUAAAAGACAUCCUUGGGGAUGAACGCUUUCCCAGAGGUACUGGGCUGGAAUCAGGGACUCGUAUCCAGUCUGUUCUUUGCUUACCCAUUGUCACUGCCAUUGGUGAUUUGAUUGGCAUUCUUGAGCUGUAUCGGCACUGGGGCAAAGAAGCCUUCUGUCUCAGUCAUCAGGAGGUUGCAACAGCAAACCUUGCCUGGGCUUCAGUAGCAAUACAUCAGGUGCAGGUAUGCAGAGGUCUUGCCAAACAGACAGAAUUGAAUGACUUUCUACUCGACGUGUCAAAAACAUAUUUUGAUAACAUAGUCGCAAUAGAUUCUCUACUUGAACACAUAAUGAUAUAUGCAAAAAACCUGGUGAAUGCCGACCGUUGUGCACUUUUCCAGGUAGACCAUAAGAACAAGGAGUUAUAUUCAGACCUUUUUGAUAUUGGAGAGGAGAAAGAAGGAAAACCUGUCUUCAAGAAGACCAAAGAAAUAAGAUUUUCAAUUGAAAAAGGAAUCGCAGGUCAAGUAGCAAGAACAGGGGAAGUCCUGAACAUUCCAGAUGCCUAUGCAGAUCCACGCUUUAACAGAGAAGUAGACUUGUACACAGGCUACACCACCCGGAAUAUCCUGUGCAUGCCCAUCGUGAGCCGGGGGAGUGUGAUAGGCGUGGUGCAGAUGGUGAACAAAAUAAGCGGCAGUGCCUUCUCUAAAACAGAUGAAAACAACUUCAAAAUGUUUGCCGUCUUCUGUGCUUUAGCUUUACACUGUGCUAAUAUGUAUCAUAGAAUCCGCCACUCAGAGUGUAUUUACCGGGUAACUAUGGAAAAGCUGUCCUACCACAGUAUUUGUACUGCAGAAGAGUGGCAAGGCCUCAUGCGUUUCACCCUUCCUGUACGUCUCUGCAAAGAAAUUGAAUUAUUCCACUUUGACAUUGGUCCUUUUGAAAACAUGUGGCCUGGAAUUUUUGUCUAUAUGGUUCAUCGAUCCUGUGGGACAUCCUGCUUUGAGCUUGAAAAGUUGUGUCGUUUCAUUAUGUCUGUGAAGAAGAACUAUCGGCGGGUUCCUUAUCACAACUGGAAGCAUGCGGUCACCGUGGCUCACUGCAUGUAUGCCAUACUUCAGAACAAUCACACGCUUUUCACAGACCUCGAGCGCAAAGGACUGCUGAUUGCUUGUCUGUGUCAUGACCUGGACCACAGGGGCUUUAGUAACAGCUACCUGCAGAAGUUUGACCACCCUCUCGCAGCUCUCUACUCCACGUCUACCAUGGAGCAGCACCACUUCUCGCAGACGGUGUCCAUCCUCCAGUUGGAAGGGCACAAUAUCUUCUCCACUCUGAGCUCCAGUGAAUAUGAGCAGGUGCUUGAGAUCAUCCGCAAAGCCAUCAUUGCCACAGACCUUGCUUUAUACUUUGGAAACAGGAAACAGUUGGAAGAGAUGUACCAGACCGGAUCGCUAAACCUUAAUAAUCAAUCGCAUAGAGACCGUGUAAUUGGUUUGAUGAUGACUGCCUGCGAUCUUUGUUCUGUGACAAAACUGUGGCCAGUUACAAAACUGACAGCAAAUGAUAUAUAUGCAGAAUUCUGGGCAGAGGGUGAUGAAAUGAAGAAAUUAGGAAUUCAGCCUAUUCCUAUGAUGGACAGAGAUAAGAAGGAUGAAGUCCCACAAGGCCAGCUUGGAUUCUACAAUGCCGUGGCCAUCCCCUGCUAUACCACCCUCACCCAGAUCCUGCCCCCCACGGAGCCACUCCUGAAGGCUUGCAGGGACAAUCUCAAUCAGUGGGAGAAGGUGAUUCGAGGGGAGGAGACCGCGACAUGGAUCUCAUCCUCGCCGGGGGCCCAGGAGGCCUCUGAGAAGCUGCCUGUGAAGACCGACCACUGACUGCCACUGACAAGCUGUCCUGUGUAGAGUCUCAUCUUGCUUCUUUGACUUUUUUCAGGUUUUUUGUUUGUUUGUUUUUUAUUUUGGGUUUUUUUUUUUUGUUUGUUUGUUUCUGGGAGAAGAGGAACCUAUGCCUGGUAACUGGGGUGCAAACCUCUUCAACAAGGUAACAUCAAGUAGGUAUGCCCAGCAGAUGAUUUCCUGCCAAUCUCCUCUGUAGCACAUCAUGGACAGUGAGCAGCCAGGACCACCCGUGUUCAGAAACCAGCUGGCCAAGACCCAUUUGACUCGUGAACUGGACUUUUCUCACAGGCCACCAUUGCUGAGGACUUAAUGGAAAUGUACAACAGUUACUCAGAAGGGAGAUUUUUCCAUUGUGUCUUUCCAAUGAGAGUUUAAAAUGGUACUAUUAUGGUAUUGUACUUUGGCUUUAACACCAAUGUUACUUUGAUGUUGGUUAUAAAUAGGAGCUUUUACACAUU